GUCUGUUAUAUCCGUGCCCACAAUGAGCACCCCUGGAACACCCUCGCGGACUUCAUUGCCCGCAAUGUGAUGCAGGGCAACAUCAACCGUGUCACUGUGCUUCCGCCUCGCCUUGUGCGCACCACGCUGUUUGUGCAUGCGUUGGAGUGGAGUUGGCUUGAUUUUGCGCGCGCUGAGGAUCGCGCGGCCUACCCUGUGCGGUUUACCGCUGAUGCGGAGGACCUGCUACCUCAUGGCCCGCAGGACUUUAAAGUAAGACAUCAGAUCAUGGGCGUCCCCAUUCCCGACUCCGAGCCCCGCAUAGACGAAAUAAUCAAGGUCAAGGCUUCUUUUGCUUUCUCGGUUAUUCAGUACAAUGUAAAAACCAUCUCGGUGGAGAAAAAG